AUGUCUCUUGUGUGUAUAAUCAAUAACAUAGAGGUGAAGGAGAGGUUGGACGAGGGGGGCAGCGGGCUGGUGUUUCGUUGUACGGAUCUUUCCACAGAUUCAAACUGCGUUCUCAAAAUACUGCCCAAGAAUCUGAUGGACUACAAGGACAAAAUAUCCAUGGGGUUAUUCUGGGAGGAGUUCUUACAUUUUGUGGAACAAAAGGACCGUUCGCUUACAUUGCCACAGAUAGAUUUCGAUUCUAUUACAAAUAUCAAUGCGGACUCUAUCAACAUAAUACCACACUAUAAAGAGAUUAAGCUGCAUCUAAUGAUGCAGAAACAUAAACAUAUUGCCAAGAUUCGGAACGUUCUAGACAGUCCACUGGCAACUUUCGUCAUAAUGGACUACUACCCAAUGGAUCUCUUCACAGCCAUCAUCGCAAGGAAAAGAUUCCAAAAAGAUGGUGCGGCCAUUAAAAGAGUGUUCCUACAGUUUUGCUCAGCAUUGGAUUUCUGUCACUCAAACGGGGUAUACCACUGCGAUAUUAAGCCGGAAAAUAUCUUGCUUGAUGAACAAGACAACGCAUACUUGUGCGACUUCGGUCUAGCAACAACAACACCCACUAUAGUCCCCAACAGCCCCAUCGGGAGCACAUACUACAUCGCCCCAGAGAGGAUCCACUACAAUCCGCUGUUGACACACACGCCAUGGGAACUUCUCGAGACACGGGCUGCAGAUAUAUGGUCUCUAGGGAUAGUGCUGGUCAACAUGACCUGCAGGUGUAACCCAUGGUUACAAGCGAGCGCACUGAAGGACAAAACGUUUGCCAAAUUCAUCACAGAACCGGAGAUCUUGAAACAGAUACUGCCCAUCUCCGACGUAGUUUUUUACCUCCUGAAAUCCAUCCUCACAGUGGACCCAGUGCAAAGGCUCGAUCUCAGGUCGAUAAUGGUGGGUGUUGCGCAAUUGGAAGAUUUCACCACCACGGAGGCCAGAUUGACAGGCGUGCCGUUACUAAGUGACGAGCAGUUCUUCGGCAUCGUUUCGGAACACAUUGUCCCUGAAAAGGACGACGAGUCCACUUUGAACGGUAGCGUGUCUUUAUCCCGCCCGGGGACAGACAUUCCAAAAUUUUCAGAUAGGGGAAGCCAGGAUUUGUCCACUUUGGACUCAUCCACAUCGCUGGUAAACAGCAGCACGGGUAGCAACACAAACCUCCUACUGCAGUAUUCCUUCCCAUCAUAG